AUGUAUGAUGAUCUUUAUAUUGUUUUAGGCGUAGAUAGAAUGGCAACAAAGGAAGAAAUAAGAAGAAAAUACAAGCAACUAGCUCUUGAAUGCCAUCCAGAUAAAAAUCCUGAUAAUGCAGAGUUUUAUACUAAAAAAUUCGCCGAGAUCACAAAUGCUUACAAGGUAUUGAUAGAUGACAAUGAUAGGAGGAUUUACGAUUCAACAGGCUCGUUACCUGGAAGGAAAUCUCCUACCAGAGGCUCUCACACACCUAAUUCAAGAUCUCAAUUAGAUGACUUGUACGAUAGGUUCUAUGGACCUUCGUGCACAUCUAAUAAUUCAUCUGAAAUUCCGUCAAGGGUUAAGACAAUGCCUCAGAGAAAUGCUUCUUGUCCCAUCAAUUCAAAUGAAAAUAUAGGACAAAAAUUUGGAACUGACUCUUUUUAUAACCACUCAAAAGAAAAACAAAAUUCAUCCUCUUCUCUUCAAGACGAACCAGACAAAUUUGGCGAAAAAACAUCCAACUCUUUUAUAGGCCCAAUUAAUGUAAAUGUCCACUGUUCACUAGAGGACAUACAAAAUGGAUCAAGCAAAGUACUCAAAGUUACAAGAUGCCGUGAAGGCAUAAUUGAAACAAAGAGCUGCACGAUAUCUUUAUACCCAGGAAUUGAAGAUGGAACAGAAAUUGUUGCAACUGGACAAGGAAAUAAACUUGUUAAUAAACUGCCAGAAAAUAUUGUAUUUAAAAUCGUUCAGGAUCCACAUCCAAGGUUCAAAAGAUCAGGUAAUGACCUUCAAGAAACAAUUCAUAUUAGUUUAAAGGAGGCUCUUCUUGGGUUCACAUUGAAAACAAUAGGAAUUGAUGGCAAAGAAAUAACUAAAAAUGUUAUUGGACCUAUUGACUCAGGAUACAAAGAAGUUAUUCCUGAUAGCGGAAUGACAAUUGCUAAAACAGAUCAGCGCAGAAAUUUGAUUGUAAAAGUUCUGGUAGAUUUUCCGAAUGCAUUAUCACCAGAACAGAUACAAGCUAUUCAAACAUUCUUUUAA